CACACACACAAACGCAUCUUUCCGCGUUUCUCUUCCUUAUUUAACUAAAAAAAACUCAAAAAAAAUCUCAGACAAAAAAUAGUAAUAAAUUUCAAGCUGAAAGAGAGAGAUAUCAGGCAUCAAAUCCAUGGCUGCUGCUUCUGCUGAACGCGAAAACUUCAUCUAUGUCGCCAAGCUCGCCGAGCAAGCUGAACGCUAUGACGAGAUGGUGGAUGCAAUGAAGAAAGUUGCACAGUUGGAUAUUGAAUUGACUGUUGAGGAGAGAAAUCUGCUGUCAGUUGGAUACAAGAAUGUGGUGGGUUCACGUAGGGCAUCAUGGAGGAUAUUGUCUUCCAUUGAGCAAAAAGAGGAGUCAAGAGGCAAUGAAGUUAAUGUAAAGCGAAUUAAGGAAUACAGGCAGAAGGUGGAAACAGAGCUGUCUGAUAUUUGUGGCGAUAUCAUGACUGUGAUUGAUGAGCAUCUGAUUCCAUCUUCCUCCGCUGGAGAAUCUACUGUUUUCUACUAUAAGAUGAAAGGAGACUAUUAUAGGUAUCUUGCAGAGUUCAAGUCUGGUAGUGACAAAAAAGAAGCAGCUGACCAGUCGCUGAAGGCUUAUCAGUUGGCUUCUACUGCUGCAGAGGAACUAUCUCCUACUCAUCCCAUUCGAUUGGGUUUGGCUCUGAACUUCUCUGUCUUCUAUUAUGAGAUCAUGAACUCUCCGGAAAGAGCCUGCCACCUGGCAAAACAAGCUUUUGAUGAAGCUAUCUCAGAGCUCGACUCUCUGAGUGAGGAAUCAUACAAAGAUAGCACUUUGAUUAUGCAGCUCCUGAGGGAUAACCUCACUUUGUGGACUUCUGACAUUCCAGAGGAUGGAGAUGACCAAAAGAUGGAGAUCACCAAAUCUGGUGUAGAAGAUGCAGAGUAAAAAUUGAAGGGUAACUCUGCAUCCGUGAAGGGGGGUGGACGGUCACCUUUGGUAUUGUAUUUGUAAGCCUAAAUUCUAAAGCGGUAAUAUGAGAAUCGCAUUAGUUAUUUUCGUCUGUCAUUGUUGUAACAGUUGUAAAAUGCCCAGAAAUGUGACGUUUAUUGCAUGCCUUCUGAUUUUA